AUGCAAUACAUCACCUCGUCGAUGGGACUGGAUCUAAUACGGAUUUUCUUUUACAGGGGUCGCCACCUGAGCUACCAGCGUGGAAAGCGUAACACCAACCCCAACACCAGCUUGGUCAAGAUUGAGGGUGUCGAGGACCCCAAGGCCGCCAGCUUCUACCUGGGCAAGAAGGUCGCUUUCGUUUACCGGGCCAAGCGUGAGGUCCGCGGCUCCAACAUCCGGGUGAUCUGGGGCAAGGUCACCCGCCCUCACGGCAACUCCGGUGUUGUGCGCGCCAAGUUCCGCUCCAACCCUCCCCCCAAGUCCUUCGGUGCCACCGUCCGCGUCAUGCUCUACCCCUCUACCAUCUAA